CCCAAAGCCAGGGAAGCAGAAUGAUAAAGCAAAACUACUCCAUGGUGACUGAGUUUAUCCUGCUGGGACUCACAGACCGAGCAGAGCUGCAGCCCGUCCUCUUCGUGGUCUUCUUAGUCAUCUACCUCAUCACUGUCACUGGGAAUGUGACCAUGAUUCUCCUCAUCAGAAGCAAUCCGAAACUCCACACCCCCAUGUACUUCUUCCUCAGCCACCUCGCCUUUGUGGAUCUCUGUUAUGCCACCAAUGUCACUCCCCAGAUGCUGGUGAAUUUCUUAUCCAAGAGGAAAACCAUCUCCUUCGCUGGCUGCUUUAUCCAGUUCCACUUUUUCAUUGCGCUGGUGAUCACCGAUUAUUAUAUGCUCACAGUGAUGGCUUAUGACCGCUAUGUGGCCAUCUGCCAGCCCCUGCUUUAUGGCAGCAAAAUGUCCAGGUGUGUCUGUCUCUCUCUCGUGGCUGCUCCUUACCUCUAUGGCUUUGCAAAUGGCCUAGCACAGACCAUCCUGAUGCUUCGUCUGACUUUCUGUGGACCCAACGAGAUCAACCACUUCUAUUGUGCUGACCCCCCGCUCAUAGUCCUAGCCUGCUCGGACACAUAUGUCAAGGAGACCGCAAUGUUUGUGGUGGCCGGGACCAACCUCACCUGCUCGCUCACCAUCAUCCUGGUUUCCUACCUGUUCAUCUCAGCGGCCAUUCUGCGCAUGCGCUCUGCCGAGAGCAGACGCAAGGCCUUCUCCACCUGCGGGUCUCACUUGACGGCUGUCACUGUCUUUUAUGGGACAUUGUUCUGCAUGUAUCUGAGACCCCCUUCUGAGGCAUCUGUGGAACAAGGUAAAAUUGUAGCUGUGUUUUAUAUCUUCGUGAGUCCCAUGCUAAACCCUCUGAUCUACAGCCUAAGGAACAAAGACGUCAAAGUAGCCAUAAAGAAAGUUAUCCAAAAGGAACAGUUGGUUAAGUAAUAUAGAGAAGGUCACCAUUAUACAAAAUAUUGGUUUCAUCUAACAGUUUAACGAACAUAUUCAUUGAUAAAUCACAUCCCUUCAUUUUUGUGAUCUUUUAGAACUCAUUUGGGAGAUUUGCAGUUAUAUAUUGCUAUUAGUCUGGACUUACCGGCCCAAUUCAGUGAGUGUUUUCAAAACUGUAGAAAUUCAAACUGAAAACCAUGGUCUGCUUUAUAAAAUCAAUGCAGAACACAUACUUCCUUCCAUAGUAUGCAUUCCAAUAGCUCAUUAUAUGGCAAUAAAAAUAAUCAUUUUAGUCCUCAAUAAACCCUGAAUUGUUUUCCAGAAACUUGACAAUUGUGGGAGAGAUUUUUUCCUUAUUCAAAUUAUGUAACACAGCAGGGGAUUUAGCUCAGUGGUGUGAGUGCCUGCCUGACAGGUGCAAGUUUAUGAGUUCAAACCCGAGUACCAUAAAACCAUUACAUAGCAAUGAAAAAUUUUUGGAAAUAUCUCAGAUUAUUAAUGUAUUACUCAAAUUUCUCAAAUCCAAUGGCAUUGUCUUUCAUGUUG